AUGCCGAUUAAAUAUGCUGCGAGAACGAGCAUCUUAUCAAAGCAAUGGAGUCAGUUAUGGUACACACUGCCACAUCUGUUGUUUGAUCAUAUGUUUUUCCAGCAUGUAUCUAAUUACGCUGGUGGAAUAAUCCGUAAGAUUCUAAUGCAACAUACUGGACCUAUUUUGGGAUUUCAUCUCGUCUCUGAGACACGCAAACUAUCUCAGUCGUAUGUGGAUCGAUGCAUCGUGUUAGUAGCAAAUCAUGUUAUUCAGAAGCUCACUCUUGAUAUGGCAAAUGAUGAAUUAUAUACGUUGCCUGUUAGCGUAUUUACUUGUGCAGCGUUGACACAUUUGAAGUUAUCGAGGUGUAUUGUUAAGUUUCCUGAUAGUAACCGAUUUCCUAAACUUGUUGGUCUUCAGUUAGAAGAAGUUGAAAUUGACAGGCCAAAACAGACUACUCUUAUUCUGCCAAUGCUUGAGACGUUGGAGUUGAAAUAUUGUGAUGAUGUUGAUUAUGUUCGUAUUGUUUCUCUGAAGCUUGUGAACUUGUCUGUGCUUAGUACCUAUGCAAUAACAUUUCAGUGUUUUAAUGUGAACCCGAUAUUUAGAAAGAUUAAGCACCUCUGUUUGGAUGGAUCAUCCUUAAAGAAAUUAGGGUCGGUUUGUCCGUCAGAUAGGCUUGACGUAUCUCUAAACUUGCAAAGCCUGAAGAUUUGUGAUUUGAAGAUUUCUGUUAAACGUAUUAUGUGUGCACUUUGCCUACUGCGGAAUUCUCCUAACCUUGUUGAACUUGACAUAGAUGAAGUUGUAAAGGUUGAUAAAACAGUGUAUCACACAAUAGAACUGUUUGAUUACUUGUCUAAAGCAGAAAAAAAAGUGAGUGAAGCUCUGAAGCUGAUUCGAACAGUGAGGAUAGGUAAAUUCAAGGGUACAGUUACUGAAAUGUACUUGGUACAAGUCAUCCUAGCUCAUUCUUCGAAGCUUGAGAGGAUGAUCGUUCAACAGAAAAUGCAAAAAUUUGAGAGGUCUGAUGAAAUUUUGAAGGAGUUGAAAUGCUACCAUCGAGCAUCACCAAGUGCAGAAAUCAAGUACUCUAAGACUGAUUCAAGUGCGUGUUAA